AUGUUCUCCUCCAAGGCUCCCAGACAUCCAAAGUCUAGUUCAGCACCAGAAAAUGAGCAGAACCCUCCCGACGUUGUCCGGCUUAAAGCCGAAAAACCGCCAGCUCUAUUCAAAAAACAGCCGAAAAUCCAUGUCAUUUGCAGUCUUCGAUGCUUUUCAAGAACUCCAGUUCAGAGUGCUAGUAUAGCACCAUUAAGGCCAUGUCUGUUCAAGCAAUUCACACCCGACACCACGCAACUCCAAUUAUAUUUGGCUUCUAUGGUCACGAAUUGGGACGUUGACUUCCUUGCCUCUCGCGACUCUGCUUCUCACAGAGUUCUCAUCAUUCUCAACCAGCCCUUUUCAUUCUCCCUCCUCGACCGUGUGUGGAGGUCGACGCAUUGGCAUUGCUGCGCAGAUGGUGGUGCAAAUCGACUGUAUGAUGUGACAGCGUGCAAGAGUAGGUCGAAUGGGUGGCAUGAGUUAUCUUCGGCAGAGACACGAGCCAAGUUGAUCCCGGACUUGAUCAAGGGUGAUUUAGACUCCCUGAGAUGUGACAUUCAACAUUAUUAUGCUUCACAAGGUGUACCAGUUAUCAAAGAUUCUGACCAGGAUUCCACGGACCUUAUGAAGUGCAUUAAUGCUGUAGAGGACAAGGAGAGGGUAGACGGUCAACAGUAUGAGAUUAUCCUCUUAGGUGGUUUAGCCGGUCGAUUGGACCAAACAAUUCAUCUCUUAUCCUUCCUACACAAGUUGCGAAAGAAACGCAGAAGGGUUCUGGCCAUAACAGACGAUAACGUUGGCUGGGUUCUCGACGAGGGCGAACAUCAUAUACGAAUUGACCAUACUUCGCUGGGACCCACAUGUGGACUUCUACCCGUUGGUAUUGAUUCUACAGUGCUCUCUACUUCCGGUCUGAGGUGGAACUUGACGGAUCAUCCUUCAUCUUUCGAUGGACUAGUCUCGACGUCAAACCAUCUAGUCCCUAAUCAAGAUGUUUGGAUCAAGACCUCGAAACCUAUAUGGUGGACCGUAGAGCUGAAGGACAUGGAAGGUGUUACACAUAUGUCGAAUGGCGCUCUACCUUAGCACGGCUAUACCAACGGGAAACGACCAGCGAAUCCAAGCAUGGGGCCAUCUCAAGUUUAGACGCGAUUGAGAAUAGUUGAAGGAUUCGCCCCUUCCCUAUGCUGUACCAUUUCUCGGUUGAACUCUUCCACGCACAAGUGGUUAUGAGAGACUCUGAAUCUCGUUGUAAUCUUAAAUUUGUCGUCCAGGUCCGGAAUCUCCAAAGGGACAUACGUUGAACCCUAUGGCGGAAAUUUGAUUCCGAUCACUGAGGGCGAGCUGGCCAAAGGAAGCUACGAACGUUAGAUAAAGAGAACCAGGGUGAUUCCUUUCGUCCUAAGUAUGUAGGUGAACAAGUCUUCAUGUAGGUGAACAAAUCUUCAGUCAGCCUCCUCAACGUGAGAAGGUUGUUUCAAAC